AUGAAUUACGUUUCAGAAAUCUUAGAUAAAGUUCAAUCAAUUAUUAACAAACUUCGUUAUCGUCAACAUGAACUUGAAAAUGAAUAUUUUCGAUCGAAUGAAAAACGUUUUAAUGAUUUACUUUUAUCCAUUAAUAAAGCUGGUGAAAUUAUAGAUGCAGAUUUAGCUUCGACAUAUAUUGAUGCUGAUGAUACACAAGUAUUGAAUGAAAAAUUUCAAAAUGAUAAUUUAGAAGCAUUGUGGUUAUCAGAUGAUUUAAAAUUCAGAUUUCACACCUUGAAAAAACGUAUUGUAACACGUUGGAACACAGUUUUGAUUAUGCUUCGCUCCUAUGCCGAUAACAUACCUGGUAUUGAAGUUAUACUCGGUCGAUUAAAACAUUUCGACUUAAUAUUAACUGUUACUGAAAAUGAAAUUGUUCGUGAUUUAAUUCAAUUUCUUUCUUUAUUUGAAUCAACAACUACUAUUCUAUCAGCAUCAAAAUCUUAUCCAACUAUCAGUUUAUGCUUACUGUUAAGAAUAGAAAUUGAAUCUCUGCUGCACAAUGAUGGAACGGAGUCAUUAGUUAUCCAAGAUUUAAAAGUUUUACUGUCAGCAAACUUGGAUAAUCGAUUUCCAGUGACUCCUCUGUAUAUUUGUGCAUUUUUACUUGAUCCAUCUCAAUUAAAAAUCGAUAUAAGUCGUUAUUUAACUCAAUGUCAUACUACAAAAGAAUCAAUAUUAUCUGAAAUGAUUAAACAGUUCAAAAUCAAUUAUUUUACACAAGCAUCUUCAACAAACAAUGUAUCAACAUCAUCAUCAUCACAAUCGUGUUCAUCAAUAACAACAACAGCAACAUCACAUUCAAAUCCAUCAACAACAGCAUCAUCUACUUCAAUGAAACGUAAUUUGUCAGUGGAAAGUUUAAAUUCACCAGUAAAAAACUUGAAAAAACUUAAAGAAAAUUUAAUUCAGAAACACAAACCACCAUCAACAUCUAGUUUUGAUCCUAUUCUGGACGAAAUACAAAAUUAUUUACAAUUAGAUAUUAGUUGUGA